AUGACAUCUUCUUUUCAACAAUUUGAUGAAUCAUUUGAUGACACAUUAAUUCAACUGACACCAGAAUCAACAAUUAUAAGAAAUACCAGAACAGGAGUAUGGAUUAAUCAAGAUAAAAUACAAGAAGUUCAAAGAUUUAAUGAUUUUAGAACCAUUGAUUGGGUUGAAGAUGAAUUAGAUGAACAAAAACAAAGACUACUAAAGCUAAAACAUUUUACUAGUAGAUCUACCAAUAUAAAAGAUAAAGUUUUAUCUCAGAUUUUAAAUUGGAUUAUCUUGGGUAUAAUGGGGAUCAUAAUUGGUUUAAUUGCAGGUUGUUUAAAUAUUAUAACUUCGUUUUUAUCAAGUUUAAGAAUUGGACAUUGUAGAUCUGGUUUUUACUUAAAUGAAAGAUUUUGUUGUUGGGGUGAAUCCGAUGAACAUUGCGAAAAUUGGUCCAACUGGUCAAAUUUUGAAUUUUUAAAUUAUUUAGUGUUCGUCAUGAUUUCAAUACUAAUGUCAUUUAUUGCUGCUAAAUUGGUUAAAUUUUAUGCUCCAUUUGCUGCUGGAUCUGGUAUUUCAGAAAUCAAAUGUAUUGUUUCAGGAUUUGUAAUGGAUGGUUUUUUGGGUUGGUGGACCUUAUUAAUAAAAAGUUUAGGAUUACCAUUAGCUAUUGGCUCUGGAUUAAGUGUUGGUAAAGAAGGUCCAAGUGUUCAUUACGCCGUAUGUGUGGGGAAUUCUAUUGCCAGAUUAAUUACAAAGUAUAGAAAAUCAGCAUCAAAAGGUAGAGAAUUUUUAACUGCUACUGCUGCUGCUGGAGUGGCUGUUGCAUUUGGUUCACCCAUGGGUGGUGUAUUAUUUUCAAUUGAAGAAAUAUCAUCUAUUUUUCAAUUAUCAACAUUAUGGAAAUCGUAUUUUUGUUCAUUAAUUGCGGUUACUACUUUAGCCGCUAUAAAUCCAUUUAGAACUGGCCAAUUAGUACUUUUUGAAGUUACGUACGAUACAAAUUGGCAUUAUUUUGAGAUCCCAAUAUACAUUAUACUAGGAAUAUUUGGAGGUGUUUAUGGAAUAAUUGUAUCAAAAUUUAAUAUCAGAGUUGUUGCAUUUAGAAAGAAAUAUUUAUCAUCAUUCGCAGUAAGAGAAGUUUUACUAUUGACUUUAUUAACUGCUAGUUUUUCAUAUUUCAAUCAAUUUUUAAGAAUUGAUAUGACUGAAUCGAUGCAAAUACUAUUCCAUGAAUGUGAAAAGAACUUUGAAAAUCCAAUAUGUGAUCCCAAUAAAAAUAAGACAGGUAUAUUGGUGUCAUUAAUAUUUGCAACUUUUGCAAGAAUGGGAUUAACAAUAAUAACUUAUGGAUGUAAAGUCCCAGCUGGAAUUUUUGUCCCAUCAAUGGCCGCUGGUGCAACCUUUGGAAGAGCUUUAGGUAUAAUUAUUGAUCAUAUUUAUAAACAACAUCCAAACUCAUUCUUUUUUUCAGCUUGUGAAGAAGGUGAAAAAUGUAUUAUACCAGGAACUUAUGCAUUUUUAGGUGCCGCUGCUGGACUUUGUGGUAUUACUGAUUUAACUGUUACUGUUGUUAUUAUAAUGUUUGAAUUAACCGGUGCAAUUCGUUAUAUUAUACCAACUAUGAUAGUUGUUGCUAUUACAAAGAGUAUAAAUGAUAAAUGGGGUAAAGGUGGUAUAGCAGAUCAAAUGAUUAAAUUCAAUGGAUUACCAUUGAUUGAUUCAAAAGAGGACUUUUCAUUUGGUACAGUUGUAUCAUCAGCAAUGACAUCAGUGAUGGUUUGUUUUUCAAGCGAUUCAAAUGACUCACUAACUUUAGAACAAUUGAAACAUACGUUAAUAAAGACAAACUAUAGAGGAUUCCCAAUCGUUCAAUCAGGUAAUAAUCCAAAAAUUCAAGGAUAUAUAUCACGAUAUGAACUAGAGUAUGUACUAAAACAACAAGAUGGAAUUGUUAAUGAUGAUAUAAUAUGUAAUUUCAACACCAAGAACAGAAACCCACUUGAUCAAAUAGACUUUAGUAAAUAUAUCAAUAAAUCACCAUUAACAGUAAAUGUCAACACAACAUUAGAAUUCAUACUAGAUAUAUUUGUAAAACUAGGGCCAAGGUAUAUAUUAAUAGAAGAAAAUGGAUCAUUAGCAGGUAUAAUUACAAGAAAAGAUAUACUAAGGUAUGAAUAUUCAAUACACCAAAUACACAAGGAUUCAAAUUUACAAAACAAACAAGAUGAAACUGAUGCUAAAGUUUGGGAAUUUAUGAAAUUGAUUAAUUUAUCAAUACGGAAAAAUAUAGGUAAAAUAUUUCAUAAUGACCCAAAUAGAUACGUAGCUUUAUAG